GUCCAACAUCAACGGAAUGCACAAUUAAUUCAUUGAACCUACAGUCGCAGCCUUUUGAACCCCGCUGAUCAUCGCCACCCAAAUAAACAAGACCCAGUAACUUCACAGACAUCUACCUUGCUCAUAUCCUACUGCUAUCAUACUCCAUCCCAUUGCGGCGAUGGUGUCCCACCGCCCAUUGCGGCGCAUCCCAGCGCCACUGUACAACAAGCCUAGUUGGCUCCUGGCGCCGGACCCAUCAAUGCUCCCGGUACCAACGUUCAACGACGUUGCAACAGUCACUGUCCAAAGGCAGUCACUCAUCACCGUCCCUGCCCCCAAGCCAUCCUCCCGUUCCUUACCCUCAUCUGACUCUGUCAUCUUCCCCCCACUUCCAAAAUACGCCGAUGUCAUGCGCAUGGAAAACGAUCUACCGGUCGCCGAAGCAAGGAGACGUGCGCGCGCGAUAGACCCGAUAGGUUACGCUGCUGAAGCCCCUCAAGGUGAACUCCCCCCGCCACCGUCGUUCGAUGACAUUCGUCGCAUGCAGCCAGACCUACCUUGGGAAGAAGUGAUGAAAAGGGCUGGGAACAUCGACCAGGCUGCGCUAGCUAGAGAUAUGAUUUCCCAGCAAGGGCCGGAGAGGUUAGAGGCCUUGCUUCGACCAUUGGCUACUUUCCUGAGUCCUCAGUGGAUGGACAGUCCAACCAUUGACCUACCGGAGUCAUCCUUUAACCAGUCCUCGAUGAAUGCAGAAGAGGCAAUGACCUCUUCGCUGUUUUUGUCUUCUACCAAAGACAAAAACGGUGGAGAGCUCAAAGCCUUUGCCACAUUUCUCGCAGUGUGGUUACAUGCAACAGUCACAAAUGAAUCCAGAACAGAAGUGACGAAGUAAAUGAUAGGUUCUGGAAAGCUUGGU